AUGCUCGUACCCGACAAGCAACCGUAUCAUCCGGGUCCCAGAAAGGUAUGUGUAGCUUCCUACAACCCGCCGGAGUGCAACGCGUUGACAAUCUGGAGUUACCUCAAAGAAAUCCUCCACCAGAACACGAGUUCGCGAUCCUCCAGCAGCAGCUCUCCUCAGUCUCGAUCAGAUGGAAAGGACAGUGGGUCAGUCCUCCCAUCGGCAAUUCCACGCAACUCCGGCAGCGACGGUAUUGAUCCGCACAUUUCGCUCGAUGUCGAAUCAUUAUUCAUCGAUGCCGACCUGCCAUACAUGCCGAUACCUGUCAAUGAAGCCAUGGACACGGCAUUUGCAACACGGUUCCGUCAGUUGAUCUCCGAUUUCUCGGCCUCGCAGCAAGCCUACAUCUGUCGUAAAGACUUUGCUUCUGAUGAGAGGAUCAUGAAUCUCGCUGAGACCUCCUGCCCAUGGCCCAGCCCUCCAAAAGCACGCCUCUUGGUUGAGGUUGCGCUGAGAGUUGUCUCCGGUUGUUUUCAUAUCGUGCGUAGGAGUUGUGUCCUGGACGCCGUGGAGAUGAGUCACCAGGUCCCGACCUGGAAAGACUACAGUGUGAAGUGUAAGAUCUGGGCUUUAUUCGCCAUAGGUGAAAUGUAUUCUUCAAGAGCAACUCGCGUGAACCAGGACUUCCCGGGGCUGCAUUACUUCGCCAAAGCCACAAAGAUACUCAACUACCUCGGAGAGCGGCCUACCAUGGACCUAUUGGAGACGCGCCUUAUCCUCUCCCUGUACUCGCUGGCAGUCAAUCGUCAGUAUGCCGCAUACACUCUGGUUGGGAGUUCCGUACGCAUGGCCAUCAUCAUGGGACUCCACAUCAGCAUAACACCAGACCAGCUGGACGAUGUCGCAGUCAGAGAACACAGAACAAGGCUUUGGUGGACGGCUCACGUUAUGGACUGUUUGUGUUCAUCACGGCUUGGCCAUCGACCGACAGUCCAUGACGAUGAUAUUAAAGCCAACUUUCCGUGCAACGUGGAACCAACGGAGUCCACGUUGGCAGACUUUCCAGACGCCAGCUACCUCACCGCGAACGCGAAACUUUCGGCCAUCAUGUCCAAAAUCAUCCGCUCGGUGUACGGCAACCAAAGCAGCGGCAUUAACUUGUCCGAACGAGUGAAACAAGCCUUGGAUGACUUGAGCACCUGGACUCAAGACCUCCCUCCCGAAUUUCACUUAGACAAUAUGACGGCAUCGAAACACAGCAACCUUAGUCUCAUUUACCUUCGCCUCACCUUAAACCAGAGCCGAGCCAAGCCGCCCGAAAUCCGCACACGGGCAUUGCUGAACAUCGAGAUCAACAUGAAAUACAUUGGCGCGAUGCAAACACCAUGA